UAAAGCAAAUAGCCACAUAAAAGACACUGAAGGAGAUCCUCGAACGGAAUAAUUUACUGUAGCCGAUUGGUUGAAAUGUCCAUGAGCUUAAUAGUAUAUAUUUGUUUUACCAAUACUACGGGAAAGAAUGAUCAAAUAUCUCUUGAUUAUUUAUCUAUGGACGCCAGUUGUCUCACAUUGGUCCAGUGUAGGAUGUCCUGAAGGAGUUCAUUUUAACUCUGUGAACCUGAGGAACAUUGCAAAGUGGCAUCCUGGGAAAGACACACCAAAUGACACACAUUACACAGUGGAGUAUGCAAUUUAUGGUGACAGAAUGGAUAGUGGGGCGACACAGGUGCGCUGGAGGGUGAAGAACCAGUGCAGAGACAUCCCUCAGACCCGGUGUGAUCUAUCCAAUGAGACCACUGACCUGGAUGAAGGCUACUUUGCCAGAGUCAAGGCUGUGGGCACAAACCUAUCCUCCAAAUGGGCAUUCACGGAAAAGAGGUUUGACCCCAAAGCUGACACAACCUUUGGACCUCCACUUGUAAAACUUGUGGUGAAGGAGAAUAGUGUUACUGUCAAGCUGAAGGGUCCAAUGAGAUGGAAGACUGGAAACAUGACAAAAGAGUACUCCUUGUUGAAAAUAUACCCUCAGAUGACAUACAACCUCUCUGUGUACGACAACAGAAGCAACAAAACGCAUCACUUCACUGUGGAAAACAGAUCCUUUGAAUAUGGGUUGCUUGCCUAUGAAACCCAGUAUUGUUUCUCUGCUAAUUCCCAGGUCCUGUCACUUCCUAUACCUUGGCAUGCCUCUGAAUGGCAGUGCCUAACAACCCCAAAGGAUCCCUUCUACGAUCAGCUGCUACUGAUGCUGAUGGGAGCCGUUGUACCAUCAGUUAUCUGCCUUUUCAUGCUGAUCCUGGCCGGAUGCCUUUUCUACCACUUUGUCUGUGGUAAUAAACAGAAAAGUCCCCCUUUCCUGGAAAUAUUGGACCUUCAGAACCCACCGCAGACUUUCUGUCCUGAGCAUACUGUGACAGUGAAUGUGGUACUGGUCAACAUUGCCAAGCCCAUGGAGUUGAUAACCAUAAAGCCUAACAACAUCCCUGCCCUGAUCCACCAAACAGAGUGGGAGCUCGAACUACCCUACACUUCCCAGCAAGCCCCUGGCAUAGAACCUCCAAAGGAGGGAUCAUGCGAAGAUGAAUUCGGUGAGGCCCAACCAGAGCCUCUAGACUACGGCUUCGUUGGAGCGGCCCCAGAGAUGCCGGAAGUAAGAGAAAGUGAGGCAUCUGACAUUGAGAAAACCCGGCCCCUGCGUCUCAGCCAGGUCAACCCGUACAUAGCACAGAGAUGUGCACCAGGUUCACAGGAGCCUGUGGAGAAUGUUUUGACUGGGAUGUGUUUAGACAUGGACCCCAAGACAGGGCUCUUUAGAAUGCCACUGCUGUCUGAUAUAAAGCUGGGGGUGGAGAGCACAAGUUACAAAGAGCCUGAUCAGAUGGGUCCCUAUGCACCACAGCACGUCUCUGUCAGAGAGACCACUGAGGUGGACCUGUGGGGAGACAAAGCUGAAGGGCCCCAAAGUUACCCCUCAGACUACGGCUUCGUGGGAGCAGCCCCAAAGCAGCAGAUGGUGCCAACAAAGUACCAGACGCAGUCUAACAGGAGGGAUAAUCAGCCCCUGCUGCUAGCCCAGGUCAACCUGUACAGAAGCCAGAGGCAAGCUCUGUUUCCACAGGAGUCUGAGGAAGAGGAUGGAUUAGGUGGUGGUAACUGUGUUGACUGGAGCCCUACAACAGGGAUCCUCCAGAUGCCUUUGCUCUCCAAGCCUAUUCCAGAAGUGGAGGGAGCGAGGAAGGACAGGGAGUCAGAGCAGUUGGAGAUCUUACCCAGUGUGUUAGUGAGGCAAUCCUCAGAGGAGAGUGAGGGUGAGAGUGACCUGACUAAACUACAGAAUGUCUGGAGUCUACAGAUCAACAUGGAGGACUAACCUAUUAGACAGUUAACCUAUAAGACAGUUAACCUAUUAGACAGUUAACCUAUUAGACAGUUAACCUAUUGGACAGUUAACCUAUUGGACAGUUAACCUAUUAGACAGUUAACCUAUCAGACAGUUAACCUAUUGGACACUUAACCUAUCAGACAGUUAACCUAUUGGACACACAUUAUUACAGCAAAAAAGUUUGUUUACCGUAUGUGGAAGAAUAAUUCAGAUUGCUGUUUGUACCAUUUGAUUCAGUUGCCAAAUCAAAUGAAGAACAUCUUUUUAACUAAUCCAAAAUGCUUGGUAAAUGCUUCAGCAAUGUGAUUGUUACUAAUUUAUUUUUGAGGUUUUGUUUACUUUGUACCUUUUAUCCAUAAUUUUCUACUAACUUAUCACGAUUGAUGAAUUGCCAGAUAGCUUUUUUUGUAUAAUUUAAUUCAAAGUUUAUAUGAAGGCACAUGCAAUGCCACUUUACCUCAUGAUGAUUAACAAGCAGGGGGAGUGUUGCUGUAAAGGUUUAUAACCACACACUAAACUAUGAAGACAAUGAAAAUAAAGGAUAUAUACAGUAUCCAUCAAACUUUUGGACACACCUACUCA